ACAGAUCACCAGAUGCCUGAGUCAUGGUACAGAGGAAGUACCAAAGACUGAGCACCAUGUAUAAUACCAGCACCACUGAGAGGCAAAGGCGUCAGCAGAAGGAGCUUCCCAGGCAAGACUUUGAACUGGAUGAGGGAGCCGAGGAGCACAGCAGUCACAGCAAUCCAGACAAUCAGAAGCGCGGCUCAGCCUCUCUGGAUGACACCCCCCGAGGCAGCUGGGCCUCCAGCAUCUUUGACCUGAAGAACUGCGUGGCGGACUCCCUCUUGCCCUCGCUGCUGACACGCACGGCCAUUGAAGAGAUGGACCGCGGGAAUGAGGCGCAGCGCAAGGAGAAGCGACUCGGCGAGAUCCUGGCCCUUUACCCUGCCCCUGAGGAGGACGAGGCAGUGGAACGGUGCAGCCUCCCAGAAGUUCCCAAGGAACAUUUUGGCCAGCGGAUACUAGUGAAAUGUUUGUCUCUAAAGUUCGAGAUUGAGAUCGAGCCCAUCUUCGGAUCUCUGGCACUCUAUGAUGUGAAAGAGAAGAAAAAGAUUUCUGAGAAUUUUUAUUUCGACCUCAAUUCGGAGCAUGUGAAGGGUCUUCUGCGUGCCCACGGGGCCCACCCAGCCAUCACCACCCUGGCUCGCUCAGCUGUCUUUUCGCUCACUCACCCCUCCCCAGAUGUCUUCUUGGUGAUCAAGCUGGAGAAGGUGCUGCAGCAGGGAGACAUCAGUGAAUGCUGUGAGCCGUAUGUGGUCCUGAAGGAGGCAGACACUGUGAAGAACAAGGAAAAGCUGGAAAGGCUGCGGGGGGCUGCCGAGCAGUUCUGCAUGCGCCUGGGGCAGUAUCGCAUGCCCUUCGCCUGGACGGCCAUCCACCUCCUAAACAUCAUCAGCAGUGCCGGCGUGCUCGAGAAGGAGGCAUCUGAGUCGGAGGGCGAGCGCAGGGGCACCUGGAAUGAGCGCAAGAGGAAAGCACACGAGCGCAUGAGUGUUGGGGAGGAGACCUGCAGCUUCAGCAACUUCCGCCCUGCGACGCUCACAGUCACCAAUUUCUUCAAGCAGGAGGCCGACCGUCUCAGUGAUGAAGACUUGUACAAGUUCCUGGCAGACAUGAGGCGACCUUCAUCUGUCCUGCGGAGGCUUCGACCUAUCACAGCCCUGCUGAAGAUUGACAUUUCCCCGGUGCCGGAGAACCCCCAUUACUGCCUGUCCCCGGAGCUCCUGCAUGUCCUGCCUUAUCCUGACCUUCGGGUCCGGCCCACCAAAGAGAUCCUGGAGUUCCCCAUCAAGGAGGUCUAUACUCCUCACACGACGUAUCGGAACCUGCUCUAUGUUUACCCUCAAAGCCUGAACUUCAGCAGUCGUCAAGGUUCGGUGCGGAACAUCACCGUGAAGCUGCAGUUCAUGGCAGGAGAGGACCCUGGGCAGGCUUUGCCAGUGAUCUUUGGGAAAUCAAGCUGCAGCGAAUUUGUAAAAGAGGCCUACACAGCUGUUGUCUACCAUAACAAGUCCCCCGAGUUCUAUGAGGAGUUCAAAUUGAAAAUCCCUGCCAAUCUCACGGACAACCACCACCUCCUCUUUAUUUUCUACCAUGUGAGCUGUCAGCAGAAGCAGAACACGCCUCUGGAGAUCCCGGUUGGCUAUACAUGGAUUCCUCUCAUGCAGCAUGGGCGACUACGGACAGGCCAAUUCUGCCUCCCCGUGUCAGUGGAAAAGCCUCCGGCCAGCUACUCUGUGCUCACUCCUGAUGUUCAGCUGCCGGGCAUGAAGUGGGUGGACAAUCACAAGGGGGUCUUCAAUGUGGAGGUGCUAGCUGUUUCCUCUGUCCAUACUCAGGACCCAUUCCUAGACAAGUUCUUCACACUGAUCCAUGUGCUGGAGGAAUACUCCUUUCCUUUCCGACUGAAAGAUGUGAUCCUCACGGAGAGCAACAUGGAGUCUGAACUGAAAUCCAGCAUGGGCAACCUUCGAGUGGCCAGUUUGGAGCCCCUUGUCGCCUUCAGCCACCAGAUCCUCAACAAACUCAUCCAGCUGAUAGUGCACCCACCUGUCAUUGGUGGGCAGGCAGUGAAUGUGGGCCGUGCUGCCUUUGAAGCCCUGGCAGUGAUGGUGAACCAGAUCCAUAAUGGUCUUGAGGGCAGCCACGAUCAGCACGGGCGCAACCGUCUCCUGGCCUCCUACAUCUUUUAUGUCUUCCAUCUGCCUAUGGGGGAACCUGGGUUGCCAGAGAUCGGAGUUUCUCGUCACAGCGGCUCCGUCCAGUGUGCCACUUUGUCCCGCACAAGUGGGCGUCCUGCCAGCCUCCAUCUCUCCCGUUCCAAAAGCAUCAGCAACAGCAACCCGGACCUGACCACCUCACCAGACUCCCCAGAUGAGCAAGCUCAGAAGACCAGCAGCGGCAACAGCAAGGUGAUCGACCGCUCGCAUUCCUGGGUCAAUUCGGCUUAUGCCCCUGGAGGCCCCAAGAAUGUGCUUCGCAGAAAUCACCCAAACUCCAGCACAGAUCUAAAGCAGGCUGCAGGGCGAACUCCUCACCGUCUCUCUUCCUAUCUUGAGGGCUCCACUUUACCUCCAGCCACCCCGAUGAGGCCAACAACAAGAAAGCUGCUUCAUGAAGAGCUGGCCCUGCAGUGGAUGGUGAGCACAAGCACAGUGCGAGAAGCAGCCCUGCACCAAGCUUGGUUCUUUUUUCAGUUGAUGGCUCGGCGGAGGCCGCUGGCGGGCACCCAUGCCCAGCCCCGCCCCACCUUACCGGCUAAGGUUCAAGACCUUGUCUUCAAUCUGCACAUGAUCCUGACAGACACCGUGAAGAUGAAGGAACAUCAGGAAGACCCUGAGAUGCUGAUUGACCUGAUGUACAGGAUAGCCAAGGGCUACCAGACAUCCCCGGACCUCAGACUGACAUGGCUGAAGAACAUGGCAGCAAAGCAUGCUGAACACGGGAACCAUGCCGAGGCGGCUCAGUGCCUGGUGCACUCUGCUGCCCUGGUUGCUGAAUACCUGAGCAUGCUGGAGGAUUGCCCUUACCUGCCAGUAGGGUGUGUCACUUUCCAGGAUGUCUCUUCCAAUGUGUUGGAGGAGUCUGCUGUCUCCGACGACGUCCUGUCCCCUGACGAAGAGGGCAUCUGCUCUGGAAAGUACUUCACCGAGCAGGGGCUGGUGGGGCUGCUUGAGCAGGCAGCUUCCUCGUUUACGAUGGGUGGGCUCUACGAGGCUGUCAACGAGGUCUACAAAAUCCUCAUUCCCAUCCACGAAGCCAAUCGUGACUUUAAGAAGCUGGCCGUCCUGCACGGCAGAUUGCAAGAUGCCUUCAGCAAGAUCACCAACCAGGCCUCUGGCUGGGAGAGGAUGUUUGGAACGUAUUUUCGGGUUGGCUUCUACGGUUCCAGGUUUGGGGACCUGGAUGAACAGGAGUUUGUGUACAAAGAACCAUCCAUCACCAAAUUAGCUGAGAUCUCUCACCGACUCGAGGAGUUCUAUGCCGAGCGUUUUGGGGACGAAGUGGUUGAGAUCAUCAAGGACUCGAACCCUGUGCACAAGAACAAGUUAGAUCCUAAUAAGGCAUAUAUCCAGUUAACGUACGUGGAGCCCUUCUUCGACACAUAUGAGCUGAAAGACCGUAUCACGUAUUUUGACAAGAACUACAACCUGGCGCGAUCUUCUUCAUGUUCUGCACACCUCUUCUCAACCCUGGAUGUAUGCAUGCACUGCAAGCUACCUCCACUUAACAGUUCAGCUUAGACCCUGCUCACCACCUCUCAUGCCUUUCCGUACAUCAGAACACGCAUCAACGUUAUCCGCAAAGAGGAGAUUAUUCUCAUUCCUAUUGAAGUAGCCAUUGAGGACAUGCAGAAGAAGACUCAGGAACUAGCCUUUGCAACCCACCAGGAUCCAGCUGAUGCCAAAAUGUUGCAGAUGGUACUGCAGGGAUGUGUCGGCACCACAGUUAAUCAGGGGCCUCUGGAAGUGGCACAAGUAUUUUUGGCUGAGAUCCCUGAUGACCCGAAGCUGUAUCGACAUCACAAUAAGCUGAGACUCUGCUUCAAGGACUUCACCAAGAGGUGUGAAGAUGCCCUUCGCAAGAACAAGACACUGAUUGGGCCGGACCAGCGUGGAUUAUCAACUCCAGGAGCUGGAGAAUUACUUCAGCCGCUCUUGAAGGAAGCUCUUUACACCUUCGCUUCUCAACUCCGCGAGAAUCCCUAGCUGUAUGCCCCAAUUGCCCCAUAUUUUGCACCUAGAAACUCUUUCAGCCGGUUGAGUAUGAGGAAGGUUGAAGCCUAGCAAGGGGGCUCCUGAUGGAACUGACCACCUGAAAUCGCUUGCAGGAGGGGGCCAGUGACCCCCCCUGUCCCAGGACCCUGUCUAUGCUUGCUCUGUGCUGGGAGGAAUGCCAGGUUGGACCGCCAGGUUUCCUCCAGGAUAUGGGGCUGGCUGGACACUCUGAUGGGGGGGGGCAAAUAUUUGUGGAAGAUGAUGCUGGAAAUCAACUAGGCGAAAACUGGAUCCCAUCCUCUGCAAAGGUUUUCAGCACACUGCCCCUGCCCAGAAUAUAGACACCCCCCUUCACACAGUGACUUCUGUCAGACAGCAGUGGCAUAAGAUGUUAAGAGCUCAUGUAUCUAAUCUGGAGGAACCAGGUUUGAUUCCCAGCUCUGCUGCUUAUCUGGGGAGUUCAGAUUAGCCUGUACACUCCCACACACGC